AUGGGAGACCUUAUUAGAAGUGGAAGUCGAUUCAAAAGUUGCCCUUUAAAGGACUCUGAUUGUGGUGAUUCUAGAUUAAAAGAAUUGAAAAUGCAUGCUAAAAGAAGACAUAAGAUCCGAUCACUAAUUGAAACUUCGAGCAAAAUUCAAAAUAAUGUAAACCAAGAUACAUUGAAACUUAAUACUGAUUUUGGUUUAAAUAAGAAUGGCAAUGAUAAUGAUGUCUUCACAAUACAAGAAUUAAGGAAGAAAAGAAAGACGACAUUAUCAUCUAAUGAUGAAGUGAUAUUGAAUAAUCAUCCUGAAACAAUGAAAUUAAUAAAGAAAAAAAAGGUUGAUAUGAAAAUAAAGGACCAGUAUACAAAAUUGAAACCACUCGAGAGCAUUGUGUCAUCUUCCCAUAAGAGAAUUACUCCAGAAAAAAGGAAAUUACUUAUUGAAUCUGCAAGGACGGAAACGUUUGACAAUUUGAAUCCAUUUGUUAAACAAAAUACAUCGUUAUUUAAGGAUAUUUCCAUGUCAGAUAUAAUCAAAAAAGUAAAAACUGAAAUCAAAUCUAAAUACAAUAUCCCACCUUCAGUGGAUUCAGGCAAAUUACUUAAACAAUGUGAUCCAGUUCUAAAAAUUGUGAAAUAUAUUUUGGAAGGGACCAUGCCAUCAUCUUACUACAAUGAAGCAAAAGCAUUGAGCAGACAAUCUAGUAAACCAUUUUUUUCCCUACAUGAUAUAUCCAUGUCAUCUUUAAACAAAUUUCUUGCAGGAUUUUAUGGUUGGAAAAGACAAACAAUUGUUGGUGAACAAAUUUUUCAUAAAUAUAAAAAGGAGUUAACUCAAAACAAGUCGCCUGUAGUAAAGUGGUGGGGGACGAAGGAUUUUGCAAUAUACGUAUUGGCACCAGAAGUUCUUACACUAGUAGCAAUAUUAAAAAUGAAAAUAGGUAAUAAAGAUUUUAGAUAUCGUCUCAAACAUCAUUUAAAGGAUUUAAAUUCUGAUGAUAUUGAAACAUUAUUAGACUAUGGAUCAGAGAUGUUAGAUAUCUUUGAAGCUACCAGAGAAUAUGGGACAUUAGUCACAGAUAAUGAGCCUUUAGAACCGUGGGAAGUGUGUAUACCAGAUGUAUGA